UCUCGAAUUUAGUUUGUCGCGCCAUAUUCUAACGAUCGGUCGGGUUCGGUCCCCAAUAAAUCAUCUGCAAAACUAUAAUCGCUUGAGGUCAAUCCUUUAAGUUUAAAAUCCCUUUAAGACGGAUAUCCUUGCGGCAACAAACGCUAAAACAGCACGCAAUUGUUUCGAGAGCAAAAAAGCCAACAGGUUGUGGCUUAAAAUGCCGCGAUCAAGUUAGAAAUCCCCUUUUGGAAGUACUCUUAAAUUGAAUUAUAAAGGAUCGUACACAAUGAGACCCAAAAAGGAAUUUCACCUGCUGCUACUGGCCUUAGUGGUCACUCUAAGUCUCAGUAAAAUAAAUGGUCAAACCACCUGCAAAAAUGGCUUAGGCCGAGUGCUCUACGAGAGAUUGCCCAACCAGCAACUGCAGGGCUACGAUGACGAUGUGGUGCGGGAUACGGCGCCACCAUUCCGGGUGCUGGAAAAGUGCCAGGACUUGUGUUUGCGAGAUCGCUCUGGUUCCAACAACCUGGUGCGCACCUGCACCAGUUUUGACUUCCAGCCUGGAAGUCGAAUAACCUCUUUUGGUGGCAAUUCAGAGUACGAAGAAUCCCUGUGCUAUUUGACCUCCGAACAGGCUGGACCCGAGGGCAUUGGAAGCCUUAUGCUGGUGCCCAAUAGUGUGCACUUCAACGAGAUCUGCUUGACCUCAAGUCGCCCGGAAAGGGAGUGCCCGAGUAGAAGGUAUGUCUUCGAGAGGCAUCCCCGCAAGAAACUGAAACUGCCCAUAAGUGACAUCAAGGAGAUAACGGCUGCGAAUCGGUCGGAUUGCGAGGACAAGUGCCUGAAUGAGUUCUCCUUUGUGUGUCGAUCGGCCAACUUUGAUUCCACCAUGCGAUCCUGUACACUGAGCAGAUUCACCCGACGCACUCAUCCGGAACUGAUGGAAGACGAUCCCAACUCCGAUUAUCUGGAGAACACCUGUCUAAAUGCUGAGAGGCGAUGCGAUGGACUGGCCGUUUUCGUCAAGGAGGAGAACAAACGCCUGGGUGGCCCCUUCGAAGUGGACAUCUUCAACAACAUGACGCUGGAGGAGUGCCAGACCAUGUGCCUGCGGGCCGAGAAAUAUUUCUGCCGAUCCGUGGAGUUUGACGACCAGAGCAAACAGUGCAUCCUCUCGGAGGAGGACUCCAUCUCGCAGAAGGAUGACAUUAGCAUCAGUUCCAGUCCCACUCACCAUUUCUAUGAUCUGGUGUGCCUCGAUAAUCAACGAGCCAACGAUUAUCCAGAUAACUCAGUCACCUCGCACCUCUUCUCCAGCGGCCGGCGGCCAGAUACGGCAUUCCAGCGGUACCGCAACUCCAGGCUGGGCGGCGAGUUUCACUCCGAGAUCACGGGCCGUUCGCUGAGCGAGUGCCUCGACGAGUGUCUUCGCCAGACGAGCUUCCAGUGCAGGUCUGCUGUGUACAGCGAUCGUUUUCGUACUUGUCGCCUGAGUCGGUACAAUCAAAAGGACGGCAUGCGCAUUAUAUACGACGCUGAUUAUGAUUACUACGAGAAUCUAAUGUUGAAUGUGGUGGGCGGAGGGUCCGAUGGCGAUCACAGUGGCAGCAGCGAUGGCAAGCGACCCGGGGAUCAGUCGGGCAGCAACUGGAGACAGCCUAAUAAGCACGACGAUCGCUAUGGGUCAAGUGGUUCGACUGGCGGCGGAGUUGGAGGUGGAUCGCAUGGUGGGACGGGCUCUGGCGGCUCAAGAUUGCCGCCGGGCGAGGGCGUCGACUAUAACAGGCCAUACGAUCGUUAUCCGGACUUUGGGGGCAAUGAAUAUGAUCGCAAUCCUUAUGGCGGCGCUGGCGCCGAUCGCGAUAGAGAUCGCUAUCCACCCGAUCGUUAUGGCUCCCGAUAUCCAGCCGGAGGAGAUCAAAUGGGCUAUGGCCGACCCUACGAUCGCUUCCCCGAUGACUAUGAUCGGUACCCAGCUGGUGCGGGUGUUAAUGGCGAUAGAGACCGCGAUCGGGAAAGGGAUAGAGAUCGCUAUCCAGGAGCCGGCGAAAGGGAUCGAGAUCGUUAUCCAGGGAUCGCUGGAGACAGAGACAGAGAGCGUUAUCCAGGCGCCGGCGACAGGGAUCGUUAUCCGGGCGAUAGGGAUAGAGAUCGCUAUCCAGCUGACCCUUAUCCGCCGGAGCGUUAUGCGGAUAGGUAUGGCGAUCGUCGUUAUACGGACAGGGAAAGGGAUCGCGAUCGUGACCGGUUGCCACCCUAUCGACCACUGCCCUAUCCCGGAAUCAAUGACAACAGCCUGCCCAGUGAUCUACCGCACACACGACCCUAUCCCACCGAUGAUGAUGCUCCCUUCCGGCCAUAUGGUUAUGGAGGAGGUCGUUAUGGUGACAACAGAUACGACAGUCGCUAUCCCCCGCGUUUUCCACCUGGUCGCGAACGGGAUCCCGUGGGCGGCUACACGGGCAGAGAUGCACCGGACAGCAUUUUCCCGGACAGGCGGUACAGACCUUCGUCCAUGGACGGCGCCCGGUAUCCCUAUUUGCCAGACUCACGAGGGCCACCUGGCAGAUACGAUGACAUAGUGCACAGUGCGAGGAGACCAGAACCGGACUCGGCCAAGCGCUAUCCACCAGCACCCAUUGCUCCGACGGGCAGUGCCAGCAAGUAUGCCUCCACUCCGAACCGGUUCCCGGUAGGUAGCGAUCGUUAUCCCAUUGACAUCUACAAAUACGGCAAUCGCCCGAGACCCGAUGAUCUUGGUCGGAGACCUGGUCUGGAACGUCCGCCACCACCUUUCUAUGACUAUGACUACGAGGAGCGGUAUGGCGAUAGAUAUGGACCCUAUGACAGGGAGUACGAUGGUCCACCGGGCAGGAGACCUCCCAGUGGUGGUCUGUACGGACGCUACGACACUCCUUUUAAUCGUCCCUAUGCCGGCAAUGGUCUAGAUGAUCGUCCACUUCCACUGCCUGGAUUGGGUCUCUCCCAUCCACCCACUCCCUACGGAGGAGGAGGAGGAGGAGGCGGUGGAGGUCAUGUGGGCAUAGGAAUAGGUGUGAACUCGGGUCCACCACGACCGCCCAUCACCCGUUGCGAGGAGAGUGACAAUUUCAAGCAGAUAGCCGCCCGGCACAAGAUGCGCCGCCACUUUGUGCGACGAGCUCUGACCGUUCCCAGUCUGAUUCAGUGCGAGCGGGAGUGCAUCGAGAGUCGGGACUUUGUGUGCCGCAGCUUCAACUACCGAGACUCGGCCGCCUCCAGCUACGAGGAUAGAGAUAGAGAUAGGGAUCGCGAUCGGGAGUCGCCAAACUGCGAACUGAGCGACAGAGAUUCGCGGGAGCUGGACAUCCACGAUCCGGGCACCUUCGACGCCUCCAACUAUGACUUCUACGAGCGCAGCAUCGGACGCAGCGAUGGCGAGUGCAUGGACGUCACGCAAACGUGUAACGAGGAGGGCAUGGAGUUUACCAUUCGCACGCCGGAGGGAUUUUUGGGUCGGAUAUACACCUAUGGAUUCUACGAUCGCUGCUUCUUCCGCGGAAAUGGCGGUACGGUCAAUGUACUUCGGCUCAGUGGUCCGCAGGGAUAUCCAGACUGUGGCACCCAGCGGUAUGGUGACACCCUAACUAAUAUAGUGGUGGUUCAGUUCUCGGACAAUGUGCAGACCAGCAGGGACAAGCGCUACAAUCUGACCUGCAUUUUCCGUGGUCCUGGAGAGGCGGUGGUUAGCUCUGGUUACAUAGGAGCUGGAUCUGGUAGUCCCAUUCCCAUUGAGUAUCUGCCAGCGGAGAAUACUCUGAGUUCCAAGGUGCGCUUGAGUAUUUUGUACCAGGGCAGACCCACUACCACGAUUGCCGUGGGUGAUCCUCUGACCUUCCGAUUGGAGGCUCAAGAUGGCUAUAACCAUGUGACGGACAUCUUUGCCACAAAUGUGGUGGCCAGAGAUCCCUAUUCCGGACGCAGUAUCCAGUUGAUAGACCGCUUUGGCUGUCCGGUGGAUCCAUUUGUGUUCCCCGAACUGGACAAAUUGCGGGAUGGCGACACUUUGGAAGCUCGCUUUAAUGCCUUCAAGAUACCCGAAUCGAAUUUCCUGGUCUUUGAGGCCACGGUGCGCUCUUGCCGCGAAGGAUGCCAGCCGGCCUAUUGUCCUGGACCAGCGGGUCGUCAGGAGCCCUCCUUUGGCCGCCGACGAAGGUCCCUGAACACCACCGAAGAACCCGAACCGGAGGCACUGGCUCUGGGGGGCAGCAGCCAACUGGAGGCAUCCACUGUGGAUGAAGUCACCGUGGUAAACAGCACCACAGUAUCUGCUACUUUGGGACAGGCUCCUGUGAAUGAGACCCAAACGGGUGACAAAACCAAGGAGACUGAGGAACCAGAGCAAGUGCGGGAAAUGAUUGAGGUCUUUGAAACCCGUGAGGAAAUCGAGAAGGAAUCGUAUCCCCGCAAAUUGGUGGCUCCGGUGGAAACGGUGUGCAUGACUCCGGCUGAGUACCAUGGCCUAAUCACAGCCAUCAUCCUGCUAAUGAUCCUGUUGUUUAGUAUUACAAUGGUGGCAGGUCUAGGAUACAGACGCUACUGGAAAUCCAUCUCCAAGAAUCGACUGGUGGACCGGCACUCGCCAAUCCAUUCGCUGGGACACUCCCAUUCGUCCAUACGCACCCAUGAGCGAUUUACGGAGAUUGGACAUAUGCCCAACAUGAAUGGAGGAGGUGGAGGAACAGGAGGAACUGGGGGCGGAGCCAAUCAGAGCGCAUCGAAUCGAGCCUCAAACGCUUUUCGCACCAACAUGUCCAUGUUCGGCGGCUCAUUACACAAGACGUUUGCCACGGGCAACUUGGCGCGCAUGUGCCAGCUGCCAGUGAUAAAUCCCAUGCGCAGUAACAAUCAGAGUGGACCCCAUCAAUUCGAGGAUCCCAGCGAGCCCAUCUACACGGAUCCCUCGCUCUUCGAGCGUUCCAGAUCGCUGCGAAGUCUGACCAUGGUGGCCGAGUCCGAGGACAAUCAGGAGGUCUGAGAUCCAAACUCCUGUGAUUAGUUGUAAAUAAGCUAAAGGUUCUAAACUGCAGUUAAUCAAAGACAAUCUGAGAAAUAUCAAGACGCUAGCUAAAUGCGUGGGACCCUCGAGUAAUCGGUGCGGGUCCAUCAAGUAUAGCCUAAGAACUGCACCACUGACCAGUAUCCCAAUAUUAUGAUCUUAUGCUAUUUAACAUAGUCUAUCUAAGCUUAACAACAGAAAACACAACAAUUAUUCUCUAUACCAGCUAAGAAAUGAAAUGCAAUAAAGCCUAAACUUAUCCAUA